ACUCGGUCUAGAUAUACUAUGUCUAUGGUCUAAUGUCUAUUGCCAAUUGCUAAUAUGGCGCGAGAAUGUUUAUGAUCGAGUGCGACAUAAAGGUGCAUCAUGUUUUAUCAUAUCUCGCUGGAGCACGAGAUUCUAUUGCAUCCGCGAUAUUUUGGUCCUCAAUUACUUGAUACAGUAAAGCAGAAACUCUAUACGGAAGUGGAAGGCACUUGUACAGGAAAAUAUGGCUUCGUUGUCGCAGUCACAACGAUAGACAAUAUAGGAGCCGGAAUCAUACAGCCAGGACAAGGCUUUGUAGUUUAUCCAGUCAAGUACAAAGCCAUCGUAUUUAGACCAUUCAAAGGUGAAGUCCUGGAUGCAAUUGUAACCCAAGUGAAUAAGGUUGGAAUGUUCGCCGAAAUAGGUCCACUGUCGUGUUUUAUAUCUCAUCAUUCAAUCCCAGAGGAUAUGCAAUUUUGUCCAAAUGUGAAUCCAGCUUGCUAUAAAUCAAAGGAAGAAGAUGUAGUUAUCCAAGCAGAUGAUGAAAUUAGAUUGAAAAUAGUGGGCACAAGAGUCGAUGCUACAGGAAUUUUUGCUAUUGGAACAUUAAUGGAUGAUUACUUAGGUCUCGUAUGUAAUUAAUAUAUAAUUAUAUAUAUAUAUAUAUAUUAUACAUAUAUAUAUUUUAUAUAUUGAAGGAACAUUUAAUAUUAUCUAACAAUCCAGAGUGUGAAGUAAAUGAGAUAUCAUUAUAUCAGCAAAAUAGGGUGCUUCACUAAUUUUGUUAAACUUCUUUAUAUGCAUUCUCCAACAUUUUUCAGUUAUAUUAUAUCAUAUAAUCUAUGUCUUUUUAUACAGAAAUACUAGGGCAAAAUUAUUUGAACAUUGCUACUGCUAAAAACAAAUAUAGGUAGUUCACAAUUAUACAAGAUAUUGUUUAUGAUGCAUUUGCAAGGAAACGAAUACACCGUCAUACACUCUAAGAAUCCUCAAUUUGUAGAAAAAGUUCUUAAUACAAUUCGUUGUGACAAUUUGAAUAAAAUUACUCAAUUUCAA